AUGAUGGACCCGGAGCUUCGUGCCCACCUGUUCGACACAACUGUUCUCCCGGUGCUCUGUUACACAGCUAAAACUUGGGCUGACACUGUAGCCACGUCGAAAGCUCUGCGGAACGAUCAGAAGGCGUUCGAGCGCAGUUUUCUGAAGAUGAGCGGACACAAACAACACCUUGUCGGAUUUCGCAGUACGGAUUUGAGAAAAAUGUCCCGUCUUUGUGACUCAGCGGAAUACGUUGCGAAAGCGAAACACCUAUGGGCGGUUACAUCAGAGAAACAACAGACGACAGAGGGACAUAAAAAACGUUGGAGUGGAGACGCACGUCAUCUGAUGCCGGUCAGUUAA